AUGAAUCGUGCCGAAGACAAGCCCGCGCCUCAAGAUCCCGGCGUUGCGCAACUGGGGACAUUCAUAAACCUCCCGCUUGAACUUCGUUGGAUGAUAUGGGAAUCUGUCUUCGAUGAAAUACACUCAGCCCCUUGUGCUUUGGCUAUUCUGCGUUGCAAUCGGUAUCUGUAUCGAGAGAUAUCAGAUCAUCUUUUCGGGGACUUUGAACACGAGUUCCAAGUUUCGGGCGGGCUGAGGUUCAAUUUCACUACCAGGCAAACGCACAGCCACGGAUGGGACUUAAAAAAUAUCGAAGCUGUUCGCAGCCAUCUUCACACCUUUCCUUGGGCCAAAGUCGGGGGGAAAAUGUUCAUCAACAUUUUACCUCCCCCUCAAGGAGAUCCAGGUCAAAUCAUUCAAGUUUGGCAGAAAGUCAACCAACUCGUCGAUAUAUUAAAAACAACGCCUUCUGCUCCUUCAGUAUGGGUGAGCCUACUAGAGGAUUGGUCAAGUGAUGAGAAACCACAAGAGAGUAUCCCAUACACCAACGGAUAUCGCCCCGAUCAUGAUAUUGCGAUCAUUCCUUUCACGUGCCUUUCAAAUUGGUAUUAUCGAAUAUCACCGGCCUAUUCUGCUACGAUAGCAACGGAGCGCGAGUUACCAGAGAAGUCUCAGUCUCUUCUAUACAAAUAUGGAAACGAUUGUGCAUCGAACGACUGGUGUUGCAUUGCUACAGCACCUAAAAAUUGGCUCACAGAUACCCGAAUCUUUCUUGAUAGAAAGCUCGAUGAUAUUCCCGGUAAAACGGCUGGGGCUCUUCGCCUAGAACGUUUCCAAAACUGGUUCCAGGAUAGCUGGGUGUCGGAAUACGAAAACCAAUUUACUGCGUACAUUCAGAAACACCGAAAGAUUGUUCUAAAGCAUGACCCAAGUUUAAUUGCGGCCAAAAGAAGACACAACCUGUUGAUCAUGCUUCACCAUAUCGUUCGUGCCUCGCACGACUCACAACCAUGGAAAGUGGAAGAGGCCUUGAAGGAAAAGAAACCUCGAAUUUACAAGAGGUGGAAUCCUCGAGUUUGGUCAGAUCGUUGGGGGGAUUGUAUGCCUAGCCUCGGCUACCGGUUGGCUGAAGGCAAGAUGGACGCACAAAAUUGGCCUUUGGUCUAUCGGAGUUACCGGAGAUUGACGGUGUUCGGGAUGAUUUUGCAUGGAGCACUUAUGUAG